AUGUCAACGCGUCGAAGAAUUGGAGUCAGCGCUGCUACAACCGAGGCGGCUCGCCGACAGCUCAUGCAGCCUGUGACAUGCUGGGAAAAACAAUGGGUUACUCCAGAAAACGCCUCAGUUGAUUCUACUUUCAAAAUUUAUAAGUGGGUCAAAACCGACAAAGUUCAGCAAUUCAAUGACGAUGACGGUGGUGUUGACGAUCCUCUUGCACCUCUCCCUGACGAACCCGAAGUUGUGGAUGUCGAAGACGAAGAACAGGACAAUGCCGCUGAAACGCAACCAACGCAACCUCCAACAGAAGCUCCAAGUCGUGAUCCGGACCCUGAACAGGAAUUGAAUGUUGACAUUUCGAAACCCCCUUCCCCAAAACCUCAGCUUAUUAUGACUACUGCUGAAGAUAAUAUCGGGGUAGAUGACAACCCCGACGCUUUAGUCGACACAUCACUCAAACCCAUGGAUACCAAUUCAGACAACGUUGUUGAGAAUCCCUUGACCGGGGCGGCCUCCAUGCAACUCGACAUAUCUGGCCUGGGACCAGAUGGGCUUGAAUUAGAAGAGGCACAUGAGUUGAGUCAAAUUGAAGGAGCAGAUACAUUGUUAGGAGGUCCUAUUAUGGACAACACCAUGGACCCGUUCUCUUCUGAGGAUACGAUAAUCCAAUGA